AUGGAAGGAAUGGAUCUGGAACAAGACAACGACGAUCUUUAUCUUCCAAGACACUUGGGAGAGUGUCUGAAAGAAGACGGCAGUCUAGAUGUGGACAAGUAUCGCCGGUACAUGGACCAUCAGGAUGAGGUGGACGAGUUGGAGGAAGCCAAACUGCUGGCUAUGUAUGACAGCGACACAGGCAGUGGCAGUGGAAUGGACGUCGAAGAAGACACCGCCCAAACGUCUAAAGCUAGAAAACCAAGGAGCCCUCGGCGAUAUCAAUCAAUCAAGCCCUUUUACUUCAACGAGAAGGGAGAGAAGGUGUUCUUGAAGCCAAAGCAGACGCACUGGUAUCUUUGCUACGUUGUAUCGCCAAUUCUGGACUGUGCAAAGUUUCAAAAGAAGUUUCGAAGACGUUUUCGGUUACCCUACAAAGAGUUCCUGGCAACAUUGGAAAUGAUGAAAGAGGCAUCGCACUUUGUUCGUUGGCGAUCCAAGGAUGCUGUUGGGCAAGAAAGUUCCCCUCUAGAACUAAUGGCCCUUGGAGCCCUUCGAUAUUUGGGUAGAGGAUUGACAUUCGAUGAUUUGGAGGAAUACACGGCAAUCAAUGAGGAAACCCACAGGCAAUUUUUUCACAUCUUCAUCGACUGGGGCUCUACAAACCUGUUCGAGACAUUCGUUAAGAUGCCUGUUACUCGACAAGAGUACGCAAAACAUCGAAAAGAGUACAGUGCUGGUGGCCUGAAUGGAGCAGGCUUUUCAACAGAUGCCACGAAUGUUGUCAUGUGGCGAUGCUCCCACAACCUCAAACAGGCAAAUAUGGGAUGGAAACAAAGUCAUCCUGCGCGAACUUACAACAUGAGCUGUAACCACCGAAGAAUGAUAUUGUACACAACAAAAGGCCAUCCUUCUCGUUGGAAUGACAAGACACUUGCGCAUUUCGAUGAAUUCUUGGGACAAAUUCACGAUGGAAAGAUAUUGCAGGACGUUUCCUUUUAUCUGUACUCGUGGGCUGGCCAGGUGGGCAAUUCGGAGAUUGAAGCUACAAAGUACAACGGUGCUUGGGGACUUGUGGAUAAUGGCUAUCAUAAGUGGGCCUGUACUCAAGCGCCAGCAAAGAAUAAUCUACUCAGAUCUGAGGAGCGAUUAAGUGAGUGGAUAGAGUCAUUUCGAAAAGAUGCCGAGUGCUGCUUUGGAAUUUUGAAAGGAAGGUGGCGAGUGCUGAAGACAGGCAUUCGGUUGGAGGGAUCUGAAGCUGCCGACAAGGUGUGGCUUACCUGUUGCGCACUCCACAACUUCCUCCUCAUUGCAGAUGGGAAUGAUGAGUGGGAUGGAGCAGUGGGUCAGAAUGAAGUAGAAGAGAUGCGACGCAUGGCACCAUUCGCGCUGCAAAGACUGAGCGACAAUGAAUUACGUGAAUUUGGAAGCAGAGAGCACGAGCGAUCAGCUUGCCAAGAGGAGCAACGUCAGGCAGCAAUCCGCAGACAGAGGGGACAAUUACAGGAAGAGGAGAACGAGGAACCUGACUUUGUCCCAGGUGAUGACGACCACUUGACUGGAAGUUCGCAGAAGCUGCAUCCAAUCUAUGGAGGAGUCCUCGUGAAUUCGCUCUGCUACGACGACUUCCGAUUCAGAUUGGUGGAGCACUUUGACAUUCAAUUUAGACAAAAUCGCAUUAAGUGGCCAGAGAGACGUUCGAACGACAGCAACAACAACAACUAA